ACUCAGUCUAGACAAGACAUUUUAGAGUACAUUUGGGACAUUUUAGCUAGAUUAUGAGCAUAACCUGUGUUAAUGAUGGCCGUGAAAUGUUGGCAACUGACUUAUUAAAAAAAUAUAUGUUUAAAGAUUUGGAUGACUAUAAUAUUAACUAAUGUGCGAACAUUAACGAACAUAAGUGUAUAAAUGUUUCAAAGAUCGUAUCCAACGGCGUUUUUAGUGAUAAACGAUGCUUAAAGAGUCAAUAUAUUUAAAAUGUUAAACGGGACCUCGGAAAAAGGGGGAUUAUCCCUCCAAUCGUCCCCAGUCAAAGUGUCCCCUUCACCAGUGAGGGCCUCUUCAAGUCCUGUAAGGGCACCGCCAUCGCCUUUAAAGUCAUCACUGUCCCCUGCGGGAAAGCAUAAGUCGCCGAGGCGAUGCCAGUUCGCAGCACCAGCUGAAGAUACCAGAGACAAGUGUGGCACUUCAUGGUUGUGUCGAAGAGGUGCUGGAGCAGAUAUUGGAGAUGAUUCUGGAAAUGAAUCGCCUGGUCCAAGUGCACCUUUGCCGCAGGCAUGUGAAGAGUCAGCACCACCACCCAAGAACUGCUUCAGACUGGUAAUGUUAGGGUCAGCUCGCGUCGGCAAGACAUCCCUUGUGGCGAGAUUUCUCGGAACGAGGUUCGAAGACAGCUAUACACCUACGAUAGAAGAUUUCCACCGGAAGCUAUACCGUAUACGCGGUGAAGUGUACCAGCUGGACCUGUUGGAUACAUCUGGAAACCAUCCAUUCCCGGCUAUGAGACGACUAUCUUUCUUGACCGGUGAUCUGUUCGUGCUAGUAUUCGCGAUGGACUGUCGUGAAUCUUUCGAAGAGGUUAUUCGACUCCGCGAGCAAAUCCUGGAGACGAAGGCUAGUGCUAGCAGCGGAAGCAGCCGGGGUCGGAAACAAGCCCCCAGGGUGCCAAUGGCAAUUGCUGGGAACAAAUGCGACAGAGACCUGAAGACUGUACAGCCAGAAGAAGCAACCGCUUACUGCGCAACACAAGAUUCGGCCUGCGUGUUCGUCGAAACAUCAGCCAAAAGGAAUUAUCAUGUCGACGACCUCUUCUAUGAUCUUUUUGUUGUGGCGAAUCUACCAUUAGAAAUGGCACCCAACCAUCACAAGCGUGUCAGUACCGCGUUCGGUAGCCCCUGUACCCUACCCCCAACGAGCAGUCAAAGUAGUAGAAGUAAGAAAUGCACUUUAUCGAUAAAACGGCGUUUAUCAGACGCCUGCGGAGUCGUCGCACCGAACGUCCGAAGACCAAGCAUACGCACUGACUUAAUGAUUAUGAGGACGAAAACUUGUGCCAAAGGUGAUGGAGACAGCGGCAGUGGAAGUCCGAAGCUCAACUUAAAUAGGCUAGUACGAUCGAGUACACAAAACGAUAAACGAUCAUGCGCGAUCCAGUGAUAGUAAAAUAUAUGAAUGUAGGUAUAUAAACGUUGAAAGGAUUAUUGGACAGGUGCUAAAUGAAGUCGAUUUGAGGCGAUUUAACGUCCUUGUAGAUGAUCGACUAGAUUUUGCGAAAACCCCAACAAUAAAUGAAAGCACUUACUGGAUUUAUUUAAAAAUAUAUAUAUAUAUAUCAGAAGGAAUUCAAAGAAAUUUUAGUAUUAUUAUUUAUCGGUGGAUAAAAUAUAGGAUAUAAAAAUCGAUCGUAUUCAUUAACAUUAAUGUACUUCAUAAAUUGGCCGUGUUGCUUCGUUGGAUUUUUAAA